AUGGAGGUGCUGGAAGAGGGAAAUUUAAUGGAUCGUGUACCGAUAUUGCUACAGCGAGAUUUGGAAUUUUAUCAGACCCAUCAGCGAGUGCUCCAAGAGCCCAUAUGCAGUGGAGUUGUGGGUGGAAAAUUAGAUUUUCCCAGAUAUGCCUCAUUUGCAGCUGUGAAAUUAAUAAGAUGGUGGGAGGAUGAAUACUUUGCCUCUUAUCGUAAGCCAUCUGGUUUGCUGCACACUGAAAAGGAACUUGAUGAAGGAGAUUUUAGCAGCGUCACGGUAAAGACAUCAGAUCCUGAUAAGUUUGUGCAAUUGGUUACCAAAUCGGCCGAUUUACUACUUGAGCAUAUACAUCGGCUAUCGCAGGAAUCUUUGGAUCAUGCUGAUCUAUCCGUUUUGACAGCCACCAUUGGAGCUGCCUCGGUGGUCAAGAACUCAUUGGGUGUCUAUAUGCAGGCGGCAACGACAACAAUUUGUCCCCCCAAAGGCGAUGAGAAUGGUGGUGCCUUGAAAUUGAGUUUCAAGCAAUAUUCCCAAAUGUCCGAGGCUUUGGCCGAACGUUUGCUUGAUUUGCAUUGUCGUCUAUUGCUUUUGUAUAUCAUUCAAGAUGCUGAUUGCUUGAAUUGGGAGGAUACUCAGCCAUUUUUCGAAUCCGAAAGAGGUUCGUAUACGGUGCAAAUGUGGUGGCAUUAUAUGCUAUUCUCGAAGAAUGAUCUCUGGAAUUCAGUGCCACCGAAAAUGGCUCAAAAGAUUUUCGCUGGCAUGCUAAAUGAGACGCUCAGUGUCCUGACUGUGCGCUAUACACAAAUUGUGACCAGUGUGGCUCGAUCCCAAUUGCAUUUGGUGGACAUUUGUAAUAUGCUCCUCUGCAUAGCAGAGCUCUUGCCCCACAUUUGCGAGAGUGGUGAGGCCUAUGUGGGCCUACAAUUGAAUCAGCAUAGUGUUAUCCUACGGGACAUUCAUGCCAAAUGUCGUGAUCUCUUCUAUUGCCUACUGCUACGUGGUGCUCCUUUGGGGGUUCUAUCAAAAGUUUUUCGCAAGGGUCUGGAUAACAUGGAAAUGUUUAGCUCUCGACAUGGUUUGCCCAGUGCCUGGCUUAUAUUUGCAUUGCCGCGUUAUUUUCCCAAAGAGCAGUCCUGUCAAUGGGUCACGGAAUUCGCUGAUCUGUCAACUCACACGGCCAUAUCUUUGGAUUUGCGUGUAUUAUUGGCCUUUCCGGAGGCUGAUUGGUCAUAUUUGUUAAACAUUCUGCUAAUGCGAGAUGCCUAUUUGACGGGCAUCAUAAUGAGACAUCUGAUCCAGCAUUUACCCUCGUCGGAGAACUUCAAGAAUGUGGCCAAACAUUCGUUCAUCAGUGCCGUGGAGGGUGCCCCCCUGAAAUGUGAAGCGUUCUUGUGUCGUGGCGAAUGUUUCAAUGUCACCGAGUCCAUAGUGGGUGACAUAGAUCCUGUGGGACAAUCCAAUUACCAGAUAGUCCUCUCUCUCACCUAUUUGAUUGUGGCUGUGGGCAAGGCCAUCGAUAUCAAAUCCUGUCUAAUUAAGUCUCUCGAAGAGAAUGCCAUAGGCGGUUGGAGUGAUUGCUUGGACAAGCGUCAGGUAUGGAAUCAAAAGCGUACUCCCUGGCUGGAGGCAAUCAUGCAUUUCGUAUAUCCCAUGAUGGAUUGUGUGGUCGAAAUGCUAAUCAAUGCGGUAGAGAAUGGUGCCAGCAUGUAUCAGGCCAUGUCCUUGGCCUUGACUUGCGUCUCGGAGAUAUGGGAUUGCCUGCCCGAGGGCUUGUACAAGGUGACAUCGUUGUUGCAGGACAUCAUUCCGGUGUCGACACGCCCACUGGGUGAUUCAGUGCUCUUUCAAGUUGUCUUUGCUGCCCUCUAUACGGAGUUGAUAAAGACGGCCGAAAAGCCCGGACAGACAGCCGAAAAGGCAUCCCAUUGCUAUGCCAUAUCCGAGGCCAUUUGCUCCAUUGAUGAGGAUGACAAGCAUACGGAUCAGAUUGAUCUGUUUCUUAAGCAGGCCAAGGAGAGCAUUCAUUUGGAUACAGAUCGUGGUAAUUGUCGUGGUGGUGGCGCCGGUGGCGGAGGAGCCAGUGCCGUGAGUACCAUUAAAAUGGAUGACCUCGUUGCCAUCGAUUCGGAUCGUUUAUCCCAUAGUCCACCCAAUAACUAUGCCAUGGAAUUGGAUGUGGGCGUGGCUGACUAUAUAUCCAAAGUCCUGGUCAGUGACAUUCUGACCACCAAUAUUGGUAAACAGGUCCUUAAAGUGGUAUACAAUUAUCUGAAAUUCAACAAGGAUUGGCUAUUGGAGCAAUUGGGCAUUGCCGAUGAGCCCAGCCCCUUUCAGGGGGUACAGGGGCAGAAGAUCAAUGAGGCCAAAACUUCUGUAUUGAAAUCAAUGUUCUUCAUAGGCAAUAAUACACCAUUUGAUCAAUUACUAACCGGUUCAUUGAAAAUCGAUUACAUCAGUUGGCUGCAAAUGCCUCUGUCCCUUAAUCCAGAGAGAGCCUGGUUGCAUUUAACAAGACGCUGCGAUUUCCAAGAAGAUGCCAAAUUGGCUCUCCCCGAAUUGGCCAUGGUGGCCGGCAUCAAUAAGAUAAUGAAACGUCGCAAAGAGUUUGGCAAGUGA